AUGCCGGAAAGUAUUGUAAUACAAGAGGGGAUAUUGCGACAGAUUAUUUAUACAAUUUUAGUGUCUUGGUGUUCUUUAACGAUUGGCAUGUGUUUGGAGUGGACGUGGUACGAUGAUGACGUGAAAACUAAACACAAUUUGGGUGUAUCGGAAAGCACGAUAAAAACUCUCAUGUACGUAGGGGUAAUCAUCAGCGCUGGACCGGCGGCGCUCAUCGCAUCGAUGCAGAAAAAACUCAGAGAGGUGCUAAUCAUCGGGAUAUUUUUAACGCUCUGCGGGUCAAUUAUAUUUAUGGCGUUUUCGAUCAGCGCAUUGCUCACACUUAUUACUGGACGAAUCCUGCACGGUAUGGGUGCUGGGAUCGUGUGCGUCGUCGUGCCCAAUUACUCAGCAGAAAUCACUGAGCCGAAGUAUAGAGACGUGCUAAUUGGUUUACAUCAUGUACACUUGUUGAGUGGUAUGAUUUUGUCACACAUUAUCGACGAGUAUUGUAUGUAUUCAUAUGUGAAUAUGGGAAUUGUAGCUAUGGCAAUUUUAAACUUGAUAGCAUUAUGUGCCAUUAACGACCCACCAUAUUUCCAAACGAUAUUUUAUGAAAAGCUGAAAAAGAGUGAAUUAGAAUGUAAACGCAUUAAUGUAUCGAGCAAUAGUUGUCACAACAUUUUAAGAAAACGUGACAUCGACAAAACAAUGCAUGUGUUUUCGAUUUUUACGAAAAAACAAUAUUUUUAUCCUUUGUUAAUUAACAUCUGUUUAAUAAGUAUUCAACAGUUUGGUGGUAACAUUUCAUUGUUAUAUAAAUUACAAUGUGCAUACGGAGGACCACCAUUAAAUAAAAAAAUGUCAAACGUGACUGGUAUCUUACUCGUUUCAUCAAGUUUUUGUUUAUUAAGUCUCAGAAUUUUAAAAAAGAAAUAUAUAUUAAUCAUCUCAGGACUUGGCAUGGCAAUCACCUUAAUUUUGAUGAAUGGCAAAUACUAUAUGCAAAUUAUAGAUACGUUGUGGUUACCUAAUUUAAUCGUUAUCUAUAUUAUUUUUUAUUCGAUUGGAUAUGGUCCAAUGCCAUGGAUUUUGAUGCCUCAAAUAUGUCCAAGAUAUACGAAAUUGUGGACAUCUGGUGUCAUUGUAAGUCUAUACGCUUUUUUGAAUUUAAUCAUUAAUCAACCGUUUAUCGACAUUAUAAGAUAUAUGAUAUAUAUGUUAAGUGGAGUGGAUAUAUUUUUAUUGAUUUUCACUGUUGUAAGUGUUAUUAGUAUAAUAUUUGCGUGUUUGUUCACACCAAAAAUAAAAGACCGUAUUUCGUCAUAA